AAAAUCAUUAAUAAAAAUGCUAACAAGAAGUUCAUGUUAAACUAGCUUUAACGAAGAUAUUUGGUAAAGAAGAUUGAAAUAUUAGAAACAUUUGAACCUUAGUUUUUAAGAAGAUAAAUAGAGUGUUUUAAACGAAUUUGGACGGUUCAGGUAGCUGGCACAGGUUAAGAGCGAGAGGUGGGGGUAUUAGAGGCACUACGUUGGGCGUAUAUGAAUACGUCAACGAGAGAUGCCGUCGUUUCGCGUUUCGAGUUUUUGCACAACAGCCGUGGGCCAAGCAACAACGCACUCGCGCUCAAGUCGGAUUACGUUCUUGAAGAAAGAUUCGAACUCUUAUACUGAUUAUUCCACAACCGAAUUACUGCAGACUAUCUUUCUCUCAAUGGUUUUGGCCUAACCUCUUCUAUCACAAACUACAGUGGAACAUGACAAAAGGUGGCAUCACUGGAGACGUGUUGGAAGCACGGACGGAGCUGUGCUCAUUGAUAUGACGCCAUUUUACUAACCUUUUCGGCGCGGAUCACGACGAUCCACUUAAGGUGCUCCAUUUCGUAUCACAUCAAGAGCGUCCGAUUCUAUCGUUCAGAUUUUACAAACCGUAUACAUACUUUCGUAAUUCGAAGCGAUUCGUUCAAGCCGAAAUUUACCGAAAGGUAAUAUCACUGUAGCUAAGCAGUGCUAUUAUGGAAGAUGAAGAUGGUGAAAGUAAAGUUAUGGAUAUGUGGAGCAUUUUGGGAAAACAACAACUUAAAGAUACUUCUAUUGGAAAUUCGCUAAAGUCAUCAAUUGACAGUAUAUACACUGAUGUGAUAGAAGAAGAAAAACAAUUAUUGCAGUAUAAUUCUAUUGCAACCAAAGAUUCUCCAAGCAAAAAUAACAGUACUGGACCGAAAAUUGUGUUUAAAGGUUUCAAGAAACGUAUUUUGGCACAAGCUCAAGAAACACAAACGAAUACAUUGAAAAAUGUAACACAGGAACAGCAAUCACCACAUUCUAAUGCAUCCAAAAGUAGCAAGGAGAAAAGGGCAGAAAUUAAACGGGGCAAAAUAACAGAAUAUGCACAAUAUUUGGGUCUCCAGCCUUCGUCAAAGAAUAAGUGUUCAAAGUGUCAAUCGUCAUCAAGUUUGUGCUCUACAUUGAAACAAAUUUCAUGUACUUGCAAUUCCACAAUGACACCAAUGCCCAGCACAUCAGAAUCAUCUACAGUGCCACAUUCUCCUAAUUUUAAAAUUACAAGAAAAGUUUAUCUCUGUGCAGCAUGUGGCACGUAUUUUGAAAAUUGGAACUUAUUUUUACAUAUGAGGGAUAUACAUAAACGUCAUAUAUGUUUGUUUUGUCUUGGAAUGUUUGGUCAAGCUGAGAGAUUGUCACAUCAUUUGACAAAGAAACAUAGUGUUCCAGAAAUGGCGUUUACAUCUGUUGAAGAUUUUUAUGGUGCUUUCAAAGGAUCGUGUUAUCUAGUUUGUUGUACAUGUGAGAAAGUUUUUUCAGAAACGGAUAAUUUUUAUAAUCAUUUCUGUUCACCAACGUCUAAGCAAGAUGUUACUGCUUCCAUAUGCACAUUAUGUAGACAAACAGGUUCACACGCAAGUACAUGCAGUUUAGCCAUUGAAACCACUAAAGAAGUAAAUUCUGCUUUACCACCUACUACGCAAGCAGGAAUAAUAUCGACUAAUAUACUUGAUAAAGAUGUAAAUAGUGAAAAUAAGACUGUUCCAAGGAAAUCGAUGAAAAAUAAUAGGUCUAAACAUAUGGAAGACGGUACACCCAAUCAACAAAAAGUAAAUAUUCACGCAAAAAAGAUUAAUAAUAAAGUUGCUGUAUCUCAGUCAAACGAAAGCCAAGUAUUUGAUGAAACAUUAAGCAGAGAUGAAAAUUCUCAGAACGUAGUAAUGCACAAUGUGGUUAAAGAUACUGUUUCAGAGACAAUAAUGGAAGUUUCAAAGUGUAUUGAAGAUAACUGUGAAGAAAAAGAAGAAACAAAUGAAAAAGAGGUUUGUCCAAAUAAUUCGGAAUUAAAUUCAACCGAUUCACCCAGCCAUAAUAUGCCAUAUGAUAGUGUAACGGAAACUAUUAUGGAGGUAUCGCGAUGUACAAAUAACGUAGAAGAUAUUGAUGACAAAAUUAAGAAAGAAAAUGUAGAUGUAGUCGAUACGUUGAAUACAUCUGAUAAAUCAGAAACGAAUUCUACUAAACUCGAUACGAAAACUGUAAAUUCGACCGAAGAAACUAAUAUUAAGAUAGACGAUGUUAAUUCUGUAAAUCAAGAAACAGAAGAAAAUGUAGCCAAAAAGAAAACAGAUGAAAUUGUAUUGGAAACAGACUCUCAGUCUCAAAUGUCUGAAAGUUCUGCACAUAGUCCAGUUAGUCGAUCAUUAUUUAGCCCGCAACACGAAUCGCAUGUAUCCGACCUUCAACCCAAAGAAAAAGCUUAUGACAAUGAUAACAAAGAAAAUUUUGACGUACCUAAUGAAUCUCAAUCUUCGAUAUCGUUUAAUACCAGUGAAGCUCCUGAUAGAAGUUUAGUUAUAAAGAUAUGUACCAAUAGAAAUUCUCAGUUUUCUGUUGCGACCAAUAGCGAAAAUAUAGAAAAUAAUAUUGUUAAGAUGGAAGAAGAAAACAACAAUGCAGAAAGUUCACUGACAGAGGAGAAAGAAUGCAACAUGUUUGAAGAGGACAAAGACAACAGUGUUAGUUAUCAAGUGAAUGACGAAGACAGCGAUUCCGAUAGUUCGAAAUUAGCGGUAGUAGAUAGUAUCCCCGAGGAGACAGAGAAUAUGGAAGAAUCUGGCGAACAUAAAGCGGUAACGGGAAUUAAAGUUGAAAUGGACAUGAGUAUCGAAAACGAUGAAAAUGAGACUGAAAUUACCGAUGAAAAAGCAACAAAUGAUAUAGAUACAAAUGAAAAAUGGGAUGAAGAAAUGAAAGACGAUAGUCAAAGUCGGAUGGAGAAUAUAGCACAGUCUCAAAUGCAGCCAAGCGAUGGAAUAAUAUUGGCUGGAGAAGAUGUUCCUUGCAUCGAUCUUAACGUUGAUGGUAUUUUAGACAGUAUAGAGAUAGAAGAUUUAUUGAAACGUUGUAUAGAAGCAGCAAGUCCUUUCUGCGUUUACUGUAAUCAUGCACGUCAUAUAGCAGUGAAUGGUAAACAACUAGGACUGCACAUGCUUGCGGAACAUAAAUUUCAACCUCAACAUCCUGCCAUAAUUAUUCAAGCAGAACAAUUUAUUACUAGAGUGAAAAAGUCUCUCGAUGAAUUAGAUUCUUACUUCUUUAAUUUAGAUUCUUACAGUAGCACAAAUGGUACAUACAAUAUUCCAAACGUGAGGACGUACGAAUGCUUUCAUUGUAGAUUUCACUCUGCCAUACACAAGGAACUUUAUCUGCAUAACCGAAAGAUGCAUCAAAAGACAAUCUUGAUCUGUAUAAUGUGUAAAUCCACUUUUUAUAGUUAUAGCGAACUACUUUGUCACUUAUGUCCUGGAACUUACUCUCCAAAUAUCAACGUCAGAUACAGAUGUUGUCUGUGCCCCAUGGCAAAUCUUCCAUCUGCAUUUAGAUUAAUGGUACAUUUGCGCAAAAGGCAUCAUGCAUGCGACGUUUGUUUGGAAUCUACCGGAAAUCAACAGCGUCUUUCGAAUCACGUUUGGAAACAUAAGCUUCAUCAUCUAUGUUAUAGAUGUGGUAUUGCAUACAGAAACAAACCAGACAUUACCAAACAUUUAUUUUGGAAGCAUGGAACAGAAAGCGUACUGUGUAAAAAGUGUUUACAGAAAAAGUGGCCGCAUAUUUAUCACUUUUGUAUACCACCCACGGCUUUCGUUUGCGAAGAAUGUGGUUCUAGUUUUUCACGAGCCGUCGCUUUAAAAGUACAUAAAAGGUUACAUUCCGGAGAUCAUCCGUAUGCUUGUAGCGAGUGCUCCGAGCGUUUCAUUUCUCGAAAACUGUUAGACAAGCAUGAAAACGCCCAUAAAGAACCACCACCAGUUAGCACAAAUUUGAUGGACACGGUGAGUCAACAAGCAUCGAUCAACGAGGAAAAAUCAGAGAAAGAAAAAGUAGGCAUAAGCGAUGGUAAUGUAUCUGCAACCGAGUUGGUGAAAGAUAUCAAAGAACCUGUAAAAAAGGUCGUUGACGUUUACGACUUACCACCUUUGAAUUUGUCUUCGGAAAGUGAUACAGAUUCUGAGGAUGAGAAACCAGAGAUCAAGGAACCGGAGAACAACGAAAAAGUUAAAUCAAACGAAGAAAAUGCACCAUCUUCCGCGGAUCAACCAAAUUUCACUUCCUCCGAGGCUGUUGCAGACAGUAUAGUAGAGGUUGAACAGAACGAGGAAGAGAAAGAACAAGGAGCACAAAUUAUGGAUGGUAUCUGGGAUAAUUUUAAGAGCUAUACAGCUAGUUUAGAAAUGAAAGAGACGGCUAAUAAUUUUGCGAUCAAAGAACCAGAGCCAGAAACCGACGUAGCAUUCUUAAGAAGUAUAGUAUUGGCUGAUCAUGAUUAUUGCGUUGUAUGGUCAGACAAAGAAAAGGACAAAGAUGCAACGUCCAAGGUGAACGAGAAAGAGGAGAUAAACACAAGCGGGGACCAAGAUUACUUAAACAAGGUGGAGAAGAGUUCCGUGGAGGGUAACGAAGUUCAAAACACCAACGAGGAUGACCCGAAUAAGAAAAAAGCGAAAAGUCCGAAGAAAAAGAAGCAAAGUGGUGCAAGUACAUCAUCGAGUGAUUCGUCUAGCGACAGUGAUUCAAGUACUUGUUCCUGUGGGACAAAUUGUAGCUGUAGCAGUUCGUCAUCCGGUAGUUCUUCUAGUUCUAGUAGUAGUUCAGAUUCGGAUAGCUCCACUUCGGAAGGUUCUCCAAAGAAACAAUCUAAACGAAAGAAAGAGAAAGAAAGUACACAGGAGCCGGAGACUAGAUAUACCGAAUUGGAGAACAAAGAGAUUUCUAUGGAAACGAAGAAUGGAUCUGCAUCGGUUCCGAUAGAACCAGUUUGUCCACCACAGCUGUUACUGAGAGAGUCCGAUCUAGAAACCGAGGAAACAGAAACGGACGAAGACUUUUACGACGAGCAUCCUCAACAGCUUGCGAACAAAUUGCUCGCGGAGAAACGAAAUCAAUUGAUGCUUUUAGCCGCGGUUGCCCCUGCGUCCACGGAGUCAGCGAUGCCAUUGAAUAACGGAAUAACAGAUAGGGACACGACGGUCCCUUCUCCAGAUAUUCCUCCCACCACGGAGGAAGAUCAACCGCAGCAACAGCAGCAGCCGCAGAAGAAGAAAGUGAAAACGAAGAAACGAAAGAAAGGAGAGAAGACGAAACAGCGUAACGUGGCGCCAACCGUCGAGUCCAUUAAACUAAACAUUCCUAAAGCGUUUUACCAAAAGAACCCGGGUUAUUCCGCUUCGUCGCCAGUGUUGAUGCAAUCGAACAUGGCGUUGAUGUCGAACGUGUCUACGAAUGAUGUGCAUUCGAUGAACGCGAGUGUCGAAUCCCAAGCGAUGGUUAUAACAGGUCAAAAUAUCGGUGGCAGUGGUUCCGAGGCAGAGAACAAACGGUCAUCGAAACGAAAACGGGUACCGAAACGAUUUUAUGGUGAUUCCAGUGACGACGAGGUGGAGAAACAGCCGACGGUGAAGUGGAAGAAGGUAGAGACGACGCCUUCUUUCACUACAGUGCCAAGCGUAAAGCCAUUGCCACCGAGAUUGUCUAUUGGCGGUAAGAAUAUGGCGUAUAGACCGAUCGAGAGACAAUCGGAGAGUCUAGGAAUCGCUACAGCCUCUGCGACCGAAUCGGAGGGCCCUGCGGAUAGUAGCAGUGAUUCCAGCGAUACCGAGGUAGAAGCCAGCCAACAGGUGCAGAUGGAUCUGUCGGAGAGUAACCCUCCAGUCCCGGAACGACCAGUUAAUUUAUAUUGCUAUUGUCAGUGUCCAUACGAUGAAGUGUCGGAAAUGAUAGCUUGCGAUGCCGAGGAUUGUCGCAUCGAAUGGUUUCACUUCGAGUGUGUUGGCAUUAUGGUACCGCCGAAAGGCAAGUGGUAUUGUCCAGACUGUCGUAAAAAGCACGGUAUUGUGCAAAACAGCGAGGACUACUUCGACUGAUAGCAGCGGAUGGUAUCUUGAAUGCGUGUGGAAAUUUCUAUCUAGGCAUAUUUGAUAAUGGGUGUUUGAGUUUCUCUCUCUCUCUCUCUCUCUCUCCCUCUUCCUCUCUCUCUCUCUCUCCCUCUCCCCUCCUCUCUUUCGUUUUCUUUUCUCUCGCUCCUCCUCCGUUUAUCUAUCUAUCCGUCUAUACCUAUGUGUCUAUCUCUUUUCUGUUUUUUAAAAGUUUUUUUAAGUAUUUUAACGAGAAUACGUUCGAGGUGCUUCGAAUAUCGUUUGAAAUGUAAAACGCUUGCUUCAUCGUCUUUUAUUUAUCAGUUUGACGAAUUCUAUGGAACCUUAAUACGUUAUAAAUUUUUAAAAACAUAUGAUACAUUCAACAAAUACCAGAUCUGUAUUAAACGUCUUUUUAUGUGAACAAAUGGUUAUAGAAAUUAUCUUAUUUCGAAGUCGAAGAUAAUUUUUAAAAAUCUCACAUAAUAGUCACGUAAACAGGAUGUAUCCGAACAGCCUUGAAUUAUUAUUCACGAAUAUAACACGAAUUUACACAUAAUGAUAGAAGAAAGAGAGGGAGAGGGAGAGGGAGGGUAGGGCGGUAAAGAAAGUGAGAGAGAGAGAGAGAGAGAGUGUGUGAGAGAGAGAAUCGAAUGUCCACUACUAUUCCCAACGUUUUCUUUCUUUCUUCUUGGUAAGCAAACGAAUCCAUACACUGUUCCACGUUGAUAUUUUUCUUAAGCCGAUACGAUAAUGAAAAGAAAAAAAAAAAAAAGAACAAAAAAUGUUUGUAUAUAACUGUAAAUACGUCUUAGAGUUUAUAACAAGGAAGUAAGGUUUUUUGUGUACAUUUGUUUGUACUUCUUUUAAAUGACAAAAAGUGCGCAAUGUAUAAAUUUAGUGUAGCCGAAUAGGCAGGUAAUAGCGUUCUAGAGCGAAAUUCUAGGCUACGUCAUAGACAAAUUUUUGAAGCCUAGCGCGAGAGGGGAGGGCUGUGUUUUCAUCAAUUCAAAAUUGCGAUAAUCGCGUCUGAUUGUCGGCACUGCUGGCGGUGUCUGUGCCCCCGUUGAAACGAUCGAAUAUUUUCGAUAAACACCAUUCUAUUUCGACAAUCGGCUCGAAAUACUGUUCUCGCUCGGACCACUACCAUUUUGUUCCUUUUUCCUUUCUUUGUUCUUCUUCCCUCUUUUUCUUUCUUUUUUUUUUUUUUAAUCGCUUGAAUUUUUCAAAUUUUUACGAUUAUACGCGUUGAAACUUCUGUUACUUUCCCUCGCUCAUCUUUCCUCCAUUUUUAACAGUAUAUCGUGGAAAGUGAAGUUUCCAUGAUAAGAUUUCUGUCGUUUCGUCACGCUUCAUGUUUUAGAAUAAUGAACGAGUUAACGAGCGGAUCUUUUAUCGUUUUCUAGUCUAGUUCUUACUUGUUUUUCAUAAUAGCUCUUCUGCCGACAAACAUUUUCCGGAUGAUUGUACAACUGUAGGUACUUUAUUGAAAUUAGUUAGUAGGACGCUUGGAAUUUCUCUCAAUCAUCUUUCAUCGUGUAAUAUUCCUUGGUUCAUCAAAAUCCGGUGAAAUGUAAGUGAGCGAUGAAAUACGAGCGAAGAAUUGGCGUAUCGAUUACAUAUUUCUGAUCGAAAAAAUGUUCCGUUUGUAGAGAAUUAUUAAUUUUGAAAUGGUAUUUGACUAUUGAGCUCGUAUUUAUUAUUAAUUAUAUUAAAAUUAUUUUAUUUUGUAUACGAAAUCAGCCGUAAUUUAAUCUACCAGAGUAUGACAGAAAGAAAAAAAAAAAAACCUCAUCGGUCAGACUUGAUGGGAAAGGAAGAUAAUACCUGUUUAGUGAUUGAACUUACCCUUGUCUGCUUUGUACUCUCUGACCAAUUUCAUUAUUAAACAAAAUUCGUAACUUGAGUCUGUUAAUCGGUAAAACGAUUUUGAUUUCCUUUUUAACGCUUUAAGAAAGAAACGAAUUGACAUAAUAUACGUUAAUGUUCGUACAUGUUUAAUAGGAAGUCGCAAUACAUUGUAAUGGUAAUAAUAUUAGUAUGGUAAUAAUAAUCAACGUUAAUGUGCCAGCAAUGCAAAUAAUGGCACACAGAUUAAUUAAUCAUCGUCAGCCCUCGUUUCCUCCGGCAAUUCAAUACCCAUGAUGUCCGCGAUGAAAUCUUUGUAAGAUAUUCUCUGUAUUAUAAAUAAUAAUACAUUACUUUCGGCGAGCCUAAA